AUGGCUUCUGGAAAGGCCGAAAAGCGUCGAGCUGAAGAAGAUGUGGACUCCGAAUCUGAAUCCAGAGAGUCGGAAACCCCCCAAGUCCGUGAAUAUGCGGAGAAGUUUGAAGAACUCAACAUGUCACAGCCAACGAUGAAAGCCAUCGAUAAGAUGGGCUUCACGACGAUGACACAGGUACAGUCCCGUACUAUCCCGCCGUUACUAGCAGGUCGGGAUGUGCUUGGAGCUGCUAAGACUGGAUCUGGGAAAACACUUGCCUUCUUGUUGCCUGCGAUCGAAAUGCUUAAUUCGUUGAAGUUUAAGCCCAGAAACGGAACCGGUGUGAUCGUGAUCACUCCCACGAGGGAGCUUGCGUUGCAGAUUUUUGGUGUUGCCAAGGAACUGAUGGAAUUCCACUCGCAGACGUUUGGUAUUGUCAUUGGAGGCGCGAACCGGCGCCAGGAGGCCGAGAAACUCAUGAAAGGUGUCAAUAUCCUCAUCGCGACGCCAGGACGUCUGCUAGAUCAUUUGCAAAACACCAAGGGUUUUGUGUUCAAGAACUUGAAGGCGUUGAUCAUCGACGAGGCAGACCGAAUUUUGGAAAUCGGUUUCGAGGACGAAAUGCGUCAAAUUGUCAAGAUUCUACCCAACGAAGACCGUCAAACGAUGCUGUUUUCUGCUACCCAGACCACCAAAGUCGAAGAUUUGGCACGUAUUUCGUUGCGUCCGGGCCCAUUGUUCAUCAACGUCGAUUCGGAAAAGGAAACCUCUACUGCUGAGGGCUUGGAGCAAGGCUACGUGGUGUGUGAGAGUGACAAGCGUUUCCUGCUUCUGUUCUCGUUUUUAAAACGUAACCAAAAGAAGAAAAUCAUUGUCUUUUUGUCCUCGUGCAAUUCUGUCAGAUACUAUGCUGAACUUCUAAACUACAUCGAUUUGCCCGUCUUGGAGUUGCACGGCAAGCAGAAACAACAGAAACGGACAAAUACGUUUUUCGAAUUCUGUAAUGCUGAGAGAGGCACGCUGGUGUGUACAGAUGUCGCUGCUAGAGGUUUGGACAUCCCAGCUGUCGACUGGAUUAUACAAUUCGAUCCCCCAGAUGACCCAAGAGACUAUAUCCACAGAGUGGGAAGAACAGCGAGAGGCACGAAAGGUAAAGGUAAGUCUUUGAUGUUUUUGACGCCGAAUGAGCUUGGGUUCUUGAGGUACUUGAAAGCGGCAAAAGUGCCAUUGAACGAAUACGAAUUUCCAUCAAACAAGAUCGCUAACGUGCAAUCCCAGCUCGAAAAACUCAUCAAAUCUAAUUACUACUUGCAUCAAAUUGCGAAAGACGGUUACCGUUCUUAUUUGCAGGCAUACGCCUCGCAUGCGCUCAAGACCGUUUACCAGAUCGACAAACUGGACUUGGCCAAAGUGGCCAAGUCUUACGGAUUUCCAGUACCUCCUAAGGUCAACAUCACCAUUGGGGCGUCUGGUAAGACUCUAAACAAGAAGAGAAAGGUGCGUAAUUGA